UAACUCUCUCUCUCUCACUCUCUAUAUUGUUCUCAACCCUAUCUAAGUCUUCCCCCAAGAAGCCGGUGGCGCUGCCUGUUGUGGUGGUUGUGAUGACGGCGUCGAUGAAGAUAGCAGAUGUCUGUAAUGCGGUGCAUGGGUUGAAGCCGGCCAUGUUAAUGGUGGUAGUUCAGAUAGCGUUCGCCGGAGUCAAUGUACUGUACAAGCUCGCCGUCAACGACGGCAUGAACCUUCGAGUCGUCGUUGCCUAUCGCUUUAUCUUCGCCACCGUUUUCAUUGCUCCUCUCGCUCUCAUUCUCGAAAGGAAGAAGAGACCAAAGAUGACCUGGAAGAUACUGUUUCAAGCAUUUCUUUGUGGUUUGUUUGGAGGAUCAGUGGCACAAAACUUAUACUUGGAAGCAUUGGCUUUAACAUCAGCAACAUUUGUUUCAGCGAUGGCCAAUCUUAUUCCAGCCAUCACCUUUAUAAUGGCUGUCUCCUUCCGCUUGGAGAGUUUAAAUUUAAGAACAGCAUCAGGAAAAGCCAAGAUCAUUGGAACAAUAACAGGAAUAAGUGGGGCUAUGAUUCUGACAUUUUUCAAAGGCUUAGAAAUACACACAGGCUCCUUCCAUAUCACCCUCAUGCAUCAUCGUAAUGGACACAUGGCAUCACCACAGUCUUCCUUUGGCGGCAACACCCUCUUAGGUGCUCUCUGUGCUAUGGGAAGCAACUUUAGUUACUCUUUGUGGCUCAUCAUCCAGACAAAGAUGAGCAAGAAUUACCCAUGUCAUUACUCAAGCACAGCUUUGAUGAGUGUGACGGGGGCAAUCAUAUCUAUUGCUUUUGCUCUCUGUCUUGAGAGGGAUAUGAUUCAAUGGAAGCUGGGUUUGAAUGUUAGGCUUCUUACUGCAGCCUAUUCGGGAAUAAUUGUGUCUGGAGUAAUGGUGGUGGUGAUGGCAUGGUGUAUGCAUAUGAGAGGCCCUCUUUAUGUUUCUGCUUUCAACCCCCUUUUGCUUGUCUUUGUGGCCAUUGCUGGUUGUUUCAUGUUGGAUGAGAAGCUACAUCUUGGAAGCGUAAUUGGAGGGAUGUUGAUAAUAUGUGGAUUAUAUGUGGUUCUAUGGGGAAAACGCAAAGAAAUGAAGAAGAUGAAUCAACUUGUUCCAUCCCAGAGCCUCCAUGAAAUUAUAGUGAGAUCUCCCACAGAAGAUAAACAUAUCCCUCACAACAACAAUAAUAAUGAUAUUGAACUUGUUAGAGAUAGUGACCAUUCAUCAGAAAAUGCAAAUGAAAAUGCAAAUGAAGAAAUGAAGGAUAAUCAGAACAAAAGGCAGAGAUCAGAGGAUGAAGAAAAAAAGGAAGAAGCAAUAUCAAGAAAUAGCUAAAAUUUUUAUAAAUAUUCAGUUCUUCUAUAUAUAUGUAUAUAUAUUAGAAGAUUUAUUUGGCUAGUGCCAUCCAUUUCUAGAAGCUCCAACACUUGUUAUCAGCAGUUUUCGUGGUUUAGAGGAAAAGCAGGGCGAUGGUGCCAUAGAUAGAUGCUUUUUGCUUCUUCUUCUUCUUCUUCUUGUUUUUUUUUUUUUCGCUUAGUUUAUUUUGUUUUAUAUAUUUUAUUUGUUUAAAAGCUCAAUCAGUAGAGCAUAUUUUCCAAUUGUGACAUGAAAGAUAUGGUCAUGUUAUAUAUGUUUAGUUAGUUUUCUUGGAUCAAUUAUAUACUUAUUGUCUGAUGAUGGUAUCUGGAUUCCACACAUGUACACUUUUUGUGCAAGUGGUAUAGAAUUGAUU